AUGAAAUCAUUCAUCGCCAUCCCCGCGCUCUUCGCCGCGACCGCGCUCGCAGGCUCCGGUUCAGAAUGGGCAUUCACAUGGACCUUUUCCGACGCCCACAGCACAUGGACAUCAUGCAGCUACGCACACUCGAACGCAACCGCCACUGGUCCCGCCGCGACUACCAGCAUUGCCUCACACACCGGCACAGCGUCCGAAUGGACCUCAGCCACCUCGUACACGGCGCCAUAUAGCUCAGGCUCGUCGACCUGGGGCAUCCCGACCACCGUCUCCUACGACGUCGGUCAAGGCUGGACCAGCAUGAUUCCAGCUCCCACGUCGUCCGCCGCCGGCGAAAAGACAUCUGAGAACGUCAAGGCCACCACUGCCGCUACUACUACUGCUACUGCUGCCGGUGGUAAUGCUGCUGCCAAGACGAGCGCUUCUCCGUCCCAUUAUACCGGUGCCGCGGCGCCCAUCAGAGGAUCCGCCAACAUGGCUGGCGUGGGUGCCGUUGCCCUCGCUGGAUUGGCAUUGGUGCUGUAA